CACUCAUAAAAGGAAAUAUUCACAAGAAACCGUUUUUGGCAUGCAUUUUUCUCGGAUUCUGAUGAAUUGUGUAUUGCCCUUGGAUACAGAGGAGUAAGAAACUUAUUUUUAUUUUCUUCUAAAGUUCGUUAUUUCAGAAUAUGUAUGCUCUCACCGAACUCACCGGUAUCGCACGAAAUUAUUGAACAUUGCGCGAAGAAAGGCAUAGGCGUCACAAUUUUUAUAGAGCGAAGGAAUCUUCGUCCUUUAAAAUAAAAAAUGUGGUCAUUUGGACGGCAACGCUCUUCGGAUUGCAGCGGGUCUGAGGCGAGCGGGGAGGCGGAAAUUGUGGUGAACAUCGGGGGCUUGAGGCAGGUGUUGAGCGAAGAAGUUCUGAGCAGGUAUCCUGACUCACGGCUGACCGAGUUGGCGAGCCUGGUGGCAGCAAACGCGGAAGAUUUAUCAGAACUGUGCGAUGACUAUGGUGGCGGGGAGUUCUACUUUGACAGAGACCCAGAGGCAUUUAAAUGCAUUAUGGAGGUUUACUAUUACGGGGAGAUUCACAUGAAGCGAGGCAUAUGUCCCGCGUGUUUCAUGGACGAGAUGGAUUUCUGGGGCAUCGAGCAGGAGUACUUAGACGAAUGCUGUCGCUCCAACCUGCGAGACGUGGAGGAGGAGUUGGCAGAGAUUGCCGAGAAGGUUCAGUCUCUGCUGGAGGCGCGGGAGAGGGUGCGUGCGGUGGGCGUCGGCGCGUGGAAACGCUUCCAGGCGCGCCUGUGGCGCCUCAUGGAACAGCCGGACUCGUCCUUGGCCGCGCGCGUCAUCGCGCUCACCUCCUUCCUCCUCAUCCUCAUCUCGUCGGCCGCGCUCUGCGCGGGCACCAUCCCCGAGCUCCAGACGCGCGACGCGCACGGCAACCCGGCCGAGCCGCCGGCGCUCGUGACCAUCGACACCGCCUGCAUCGCCUGGUUCACGCUCGAGUACCUCCUCCGGCUGCUCGCCGCUCCCCGCAAGCUCCGCUUCCUCCUCUCCUUCCUCAACAUCAUCGACUGCCUGGCCAUCCUCCCCUACUUCCUCCUCCUCACCCUCACCCAGCUGGGCUCGGCGCUCCUGGAGCUGGCCGACGUCCAGCAGGCGGUGCAGGCCGUCCGCAUCCUCCGGGUGGCGCGCAUCCUCAAGCUGGCGCGCCACUCCUCGGGCCUCCAGACGCUGACGUUCGCCCUGCGCAGCUCCUGCGGCGAGCUGGCGCUGCUGCUCAUGUACAUGGGCGUGGGCAUCUUCCUGUUCUCGGCGCUGGGCUACACGCUGGAGCAGAGUCACCCGGAGACCAUGUUCACCAGCAUCCCGCAGGCCUGCUGGUGGGCCAUCAUCACCAUGACGACGGUGGGCUACGGCGACGUCUACCCCAAGACCACGCUGGGCCGCUGCAACGCGGCCGUCAGCUUCCUGUGCGGCGUCAUCGCCAUAGCGCUGCCCAUCCAUCCCAUCAUCAACAACUUUGUGGUGUUCUACAGCAAGCAGCGCGUGCUGGAGACGGCCGCGCGCCACGAGAUCCAGCUGAUGGAGCUGCGCUCGCAGGAGGAGGCCGAGGGGAACACACGUGCGCGCGCUGGGGCGCGGAGGAGGAGGCACACA